UCCAACGGCCAACGAUCACCCCGAACCAGGGUGUCCCUCCCCCGCGCACGCGCCCGCCAAUGUCCGCCGCGGCCGAUGACCUCGCGCGCCGCGUCGCCGCGUUCCUCCCCGUCCCGCCGCCGCCGCCGCCGCAGAAGCAGCAGCUCUCCGGCGUGGCCGCCGCCGUGCUCGACGCCGGGGGACGCCUGGGCCGCGCCGUGGGCGACGUCUUCCGCCGCCUCCGCAUCGACGACACCUUCUACUCCGGCGGCGGCGGCGGCGGCGGCGUGCCAAAGCAGCGCCGGCGCAGCGCCGGGAAGAAGAAGAAUGGCGGGAGACGAUCCGCGGCCGGAGCGUCGGCCGCGGUCAGCAAGGAGGGGGACACCGGCGGCGGCGACGACCCCCUCGGAUCCUCUGGUAGGUUCGCGCGGGCGCAGGGGAGCAUGAACCUGUCGGCGACGUACGACAGCAGGACGAACGACGUGGAGAGCUCGGUGGUGGCCAGGGGCGACCUGUGGCGCGCGGAGGCGUCGCACAGCAGCAGCAGCAGCAGCGCCGCCGCCAGUGCCUCUGCUCCGACAGGCGCCGGCGCCGGCUAUGGUGCCAACCUGUUCCUCGUGCAGCUCGGCCCGGUCCUCUUCGUCCGCGACACGACGCUGCUGUUCCCGGUACACCUCUCCAAGCGCCACCUCAUCUGGUACGGGUUCGAGCGCAAGAACGGCGUGCACUCGGUUUGCCCUGCUUAUUGGUCGGCUCACAAGAGAUGGUUCUUCAUGUCCAUGUUAUGCCUCAACCCAUUCGCUUGUUCGUUCAUGGACAUGCAAUUCCCAAACGGGCAGCUCCGAUACGUCGCUGGCGACGGCUUCACGGCGCGAGCUUUCCUUCCUGUCCGUGGCGGGAUUCUGCAAGCCCAUGGAAAAUUCCCGGGGGAGAAGAGGCUCAGCUUCUCUUUCAAGAACAGGAGUGGGGGCAGCGUCGUCCCAAUGGUCCAGUGGCCAGAUAAGUCUCUCUCGCUGGGGAUCGUCCAGGCAUUGUCUUGGAGGACAUCUGGCCUGAUGCUGCAACCAGCAACACAGAUCAGCAUAUGCCCGACGAUUGGUGGCCGCCAUCCUGGGGUGUGCAUGGAGUUGAUCCAUUCGGCGAACGACAACGUCGGCGUCGUCUGCGGCUACUCCCACACUGCUUCCCCUUCUGCAUAUGCCUCCAUAUCGGUCUGUCCAAUCGGAAGAUCGAAGCUGAACGGCGGAGCGGCGAGGUCAGGGUUAGUGUUCAGAGUAGACGCUCCGCUCCACGGUUUUGGCCGGCCAUGGUUCUCGGUUCAGAUGAACAGCGGGAUCGAGUUCUGAAUUCUGAUUCCACAUUGUUUUGUUGUGACUGAACGAACACACAGACUACACUGUUCAGAACAAACAUACACAGUUACAGGUCUUACUAAAAUGUACAGUGGAUGUUGUGUAUAAAAGCUUGACGACGACGUGUAUAAAGCAUUUUGAUAUGCUAGUUGUACAAAAUAUAUUGGUGGAUAACUGAUCACAUAUUCACAUGCGUAUUUGCCACUUAAAAAGCA